AUGAGAACAGAUAAAUUAUAUUAUCUUUUUUUUUUUAUUUUAGGUAUAAUAUGUUAUAAUUUAGUAAUAUUUAUAAUAUCACUUAUAAAAAACGAUUGUUAUAUAUUUAAAUCCGAGAAAGUACUAUCUUCACCAUGCAUUUGUAAAGAUUUUUUGUUACCGUCAACAUAUCAUAAAUUGACAAAAUUGCCGCAUAUUAAAAUUGACAGUCUUUUUAUUGAGAAAAUAAUAUUCAUGUACAAUGAAAUUAUAGAAACAGAAAAUUUUGUACAUAAAUCACACAAUGAUAUUUCUACAAUUAUUUAUAAACCUAAUAAUAACGAUCUUUCGUUUUUAUUUGAAUUAAUUUAUGAAUAUACAAAUACUGGAAUACUUUUUAUACCACAAUAUAAUAUUUUAGGUUGUAUUUUAAAAAAUGGCAAGAUAGAUCAAAAAAGUUAUGCAAAAAAAUUUUUAAAUAUGGGUUAUAUAAAGCUUUACCAUCUAUUGUGUACAUUUGUUUUUAUAAAGAAUGAUCUUUUAUUACUUAACGACAUGUGUCAAACUAAUUAUACAUGCAAUUUUGCGGAUGAUGAAUUUGAGGUUACAUAUAAAAAUAUAAUUGAAAGAUUUGAUAUACAAAUAAACGAAUCAAAUAUAAAAAUGUGUAAAUGGCUUGAGCGAAUAUAUAAUCCGCUUAAUCCUUCAGAUCUACUUAGCUACAAAUAUUCAAAUGAUGUAGACAAAUCAAUAUUUCUUAAUAAUAAAAUACUAAAUCAUAUAGACAGUCUUGUUCUCAUUAGUGAUGGUAAAGAACACCACGUAAGUAUUUUAGAUUAUUUAAUAAUUAAUAUGAAUCUUAUCUAA